UUUGUCUUUUUUCCUUCAGAUCGUCUUUGUGAUAAUCGUAAUGAUAGUUCCGGCAAUGAAGGCAAUGCCGUCUUUACCGAUGGUCAAACUUCAGAUCCACAAAAUAGUCCACCACGUGGCGAUCGAGACUUUAUGCGUAUGCAACAUCAGCAACAGCAGGCUCUUACGCCCGUGAAUACCAGUGCCAAUCUAUUGGCUUCAAUGGGACAAAAUGCCAAUAAUGCCACCAAUAUGAAUAACUCCACCACCAACAACACAUCAACAACCACACCCUCAUCAAAUGAGAAACGUUCACGUCUCUUUCGGUCGUCUAGUUCGACACCGGGUGGCGGUAAGAAGAAACAGACACUUAGCCUAAGUGCUGAACCACGCUCAGUAUUAGAGACAUGUUUGUCGCCCACCAAUGUGGAACCACGUAAAAUGCUGCUGGAUCAGUUGAGUCGCAUCUUUGCCAGUGAAGAUUCGGUUAUACCCGAUGAGGUGACAAUAAUAAGUCCACCGGAAGCUUUAAGCUGUAGUAGUUUAGUGCCGAAAUUAACCACAAUGUUUGCGAAUUCCUUUAAACCGGCCUUUGUACCACAGAAUACGGCAGAGGUAAAGGCUGUGUUGCAGGCCCUAAUGGGUAAAAUACAGAAAUACUGCAAUUCGAAUGCCAAACCACCCACCACAGUGAAAAUCCUAUUAAUUGGCGGCGAUUGGUUACAGGGUGCCGUGCUGCGACAUUAUGUCGAUCUAAUGGGUGUACGACCACCAGAUUGGUUAAAUCAUUUGCGAUUUUAUAUUGUACCCAUUGGUAGCAGUACCAUCGCGAGACAUCUCAGUCAAUUGGAUCAGACCUAUGCAGCGAUGUUUGGCUCGGACAACUGGUAUCAGCUGUGUGAGCGGGUGGCCCAAACAGCAGCCGCUGUCAGUGCUGUGACCACCGUGAAUGCCACCUCAUUGGCCGAGACUGGUGCAGCCUCUAAAUCGGAUAUUGUAGAGUUAGUGAAUCGUAUACAACGAUAUUUGCAUGCGGCUGGACCCUGCACACAAAUACCCAUAGCCGAGGCUAUGGUCAAUUAUAAGGAUGAGGAUUCAUGUCAAAUAUUUGUGCCAUUUGUUAGUGAUGUCCGUAUUGGUUGUUUAGAAGGCCCUCAGGCUUCCCUUGAUCUCGAAGAAAACUAUGCUCAACAGGCGACAGCAACUGCAUCGCAACAACUACAACAACAGCAGCAGCAACAACCUCAAUUGCAACAACAGCAACCAUCAUCAAUUACCAAUCCCAUACCCAUUGGCAAUUCGAAUCCACAAAAUCCAUUAAAUAACCAAAAUAUAUCAUCAAGUCUGCAACAAGGUGGCGGUGUUUUAUCGGGUUCACCACCACAAAGUGGUCGUAUAUCACCACCCCUACAAACACCACCCUCAUCAGCAUCCUCGCAUCGUGAACGUCUCGGUGAUAGUUUUAGUGCUACACCACAACAUUUACAGGGUAAUGAAGCUGUUGAGCUGCAAGUCGAUUAUUGGCCAAUCGCCCGACCCAUGGACUAUUCAAGUUCGAAGGAUAAGAGUGCCACCAAGGGCAGUGAUCAGGGUGGCAAGAAUAGCAUUAAGAGUACGUUUAGAAGUUUACAGGUUUGGCGUUUGCCACAAAAUGCCCAGCUGGGUGAAAUAUCGAAUGGUUUGACUGUCUCGUUUGCUACCAAAGAAAAGAAACAAAAGCAAAUUAUGCGUUUGGGCAAGAAAAAAGAAAAAGAUCGUGAUCUCGAAAAGGAGCAAUGUGUUGAAGGCGUUGCCCGUUUAAUAUGCUCACCAAAACAGUCACAUCCAGUGCCAUUGAGAGUUUAUAUCGAUGGCACCGAAUGGACUGGCGUUAAAUUCUUCCAAUUAUCAUCGCAAUGGCAAACACAUGUUAAAAAUUUCCCAAUUGCUCUAAUUGGUUGUACACCAAUGUCAUGUUCGGAAUUAUCCUAGUCAUUUUCUUAAGUAAUAUCAUAGAUUUAU